ACCUGACCCUUUCAAGAGAGAGAGAGAGGAGCUAGCUAGGCUGCUGACUUGGUGUGGGAGCUGGACGGGCACCGGGCUAUCUUGGCCCCCAUCCUCUUCUUUUCCUUCCAUCCCUUUUCCGCAGCUGGCUCGCUGAACUGACUCCUCUUGGACACCUGGGGUGAUCCAUCUCGCCCUCUUCUUCGAGUGGACGCUCGUCUUCUUGGUGAGCCUCCUGCGCACGAGCCCUGUGGGGCCAACCAUUCCGAGCGGGGACCCGGCAAACAACAACCGUGCUCCGUUGAGGGCUGCCAACGCAUGCACCACAGAGCAAGAGACAAUGUCGCACCGGCCCCUUGUCUUGCAGAUCCGCGCCCGGGGCCAACGUUAUGCACGGCUUGUGGCCGUAGACGGAGGAGCGUCGACUGCCACGCCCACAUCUUUUGAGACCGUCCGGACAAAGGUCCACGAUGCGUUCUGUGUCGGCGGCAAGCUCGAGGACGGCGCAGAAGGCUAUGCGCUCGCGUACCUCGAUAAGGACUAUGGAGACGAGGUGGCCAUUGCAAGCGAGGAGGAGUGGCAAGCAUACAUGUUGCUCGCUGGCGGCGAGUCAGCAGAGCAAGCACCAGCGGUGGUGAGGCGGUUUGACUGGGUGCCUCUUAGGGAACUUGGCGUUGGCGACCGGAAGGACGCUAUCUCGGCUAGGUCGUCCAGCAGGCAGACGGUGCCUACGAUAGGACAUCAAAACCCUUAUAGUGCCUUACCAGUCAAGAACAAGGUGGGAGAGCAGGCGACGAAGCAAAGUCAACAAUCCACACCGGCGCAAGAGCCACCCGCACCGCCACAGUACGCUUUCCAGAGCAUUGAGCCUCAGAAGGUGGGAGACCGAGAGGAGCGAUUGAGAAAGGAGAACGAGAUGCGUAGAAACUUCGAGCAGCAAAUGGCUCAAGUACAUAACGGGAGACAGGAACAGACGCAAGACGAGCAAGAGCCGCAGGCAACGACAGGCAACGAUGAGGCCAGAGACGAGGAGCCUAAAGAGAUGACGGCCUUCGAGCGCAUGAUGGCGCGUAGCAGAGCGCAGGGAGAAGCAUUGAAUCACACCUUUGGAACGCUGCAGGCCAGAAGGGCUGGUAAUGCGCCGACGCCGCGACAAGAGGAAGUGCAGCAGCAGGCUGCGCCAGUCGACGAAAGCGCAUCUCACACAACCUCGCAUGAUUCGGCGCCACAACCUCGGGAAGGAUCAAAAAGCAAUGACGACAGAGUCGACAAGCAGAACGAGUAUCUUGCUGACCGCUGGCUGGAGAGACUCCAGCAAAUGGGACACGGAGGCCAGUCAAGCCCGUAUGCCAGGUUGAGAGGCGACAAGGCUAGACAGCAAAGCCAAGAGGGCGAAGCCAGUCUCCAAGACCCAACUACGAGCUCGCACACCUCGCUUCGCUUUGAACAGCCUACGUCGAGCGAGGUUGAAGGCUACCAGAUCAUCUCUCCUGCCGACAGGCCACCACAGCAGCCAUCUGCCAUACCCAUGAUGGUACCUCGUGUCCCUUCUUAUCCUGACGUAGUGGAUACAGCGGCGGAGUUCCAAACGGCACACAUCGAGACUCAGGUCGGACAGCAGCAUCAGCCUCAGUGGCAACCGUUUCCCUCCGUGAGCAGACCGCCGAGCAGACAGGACGGCAGCCGUCCUUCGAGUACUUUCCGGUCUCGGGCCUCGUCGAGCGGCGUUCCAUUUCUUGGUAAUCAGCAGGGUGGAAGAAGUGGCAGUAUAUUGUCGCUGAGGGCCAUAAGUGGUGCGGUGGUGCGGACAAACGCAGCUCAUGUCGCCGCGAAUGAACCUUCCUCUUCUGUCGUCCCGGGAUCCUCAGCCGCGUCCGCAACCGACGAGGGCGUUUUGGGCGGGACAGAAACGCCGAACCGUUUCGGAAGCUUUGGACGGCGCUAUAAGGGCAAAUCGUCUGCCUUGUCCUCAUCGCGAAGUAGGAAGCUGAGCGUCCGGAGCCUUACUGAGGCCCUCUUGCACAAAGCUCCUGCUUCCUCCGCUUCAUCCUUGGCUUUCUCUUCGGAAGAGGCCUCGUCAUCAGCAGCGGCAUCCACGUCGGAGCAGCGUCCGAGGAUGCAUGCGAGGCAUUUGAGCUGGAAGGGCCUCACUCGAGAUGUGGGUGCGAUGAAAAACAGUCUUCUUUCGUCGAAGGGGCCCAUAAACGCGAGGGACCACGACAGCAGCAGCACCGUUGCGUCUGUUUCUCAUCUACAGGGCGCGGACACAGCUACUGAGAGGAAGAAUUUAGAGGUGGGGGAACAAGGCGGCCCUGGAGACAUCGAGCCAGAUACCGCGCAAGCUUCUCAGCCAAUGGAAAGAAGGGGUGAUAACGCUGCCGACAAAAGUAGACCGUCACUUUUGCGCGCUUCUCAAAGCGCUCCGCUUUCGGCCACAGCCGUCAAUCUAACUCCUGCUGGCGGCAUCACGCUUCACAUCUCAAGCGUCGGCCGCUUCCCUGCCGUUCACCGAAACUCGUUGUCCGGCGAUGCCCUUGGAAACACGCCAGUGCCCAAAGAUCUUUUCGACCUGAUGCUUCCUCGUGAACUUCGGGUGGCCUGCAUGCGCGCUCUUGUCCGGCUCCACGAAGAAGAGCACGACAGGCUCGUUGAGACGGGGCAGUGGCGCGGCAACCGAGCUCGUCAAGCAAGGCACUACGGUCGGGAAGCGGCGAUGCGCGAGCUUGUUCGCCUGAGCAGAGUGUCCAAGACGUGGCACUCACUUCUCUUUGACGGCCAGCUCUGGAGCGAGGUUGACGCGAGCCUCGUCGCGGGCAUGUCCAACGGAACGCUGCUGAGGAUCGUAAAGAAUUCUGGCGCAUUUGUCAAGCACCUAAGCCUCUCCGGAAGGGCGGAAUUGGAGGCUAACACGAUCGCUGCGCUGGGUACGCAGCAAAGGAACAGCCCUUCUUCCCCUUCGUCCCAUCGACCGGCAAGGGACGUGGUCAUUGCCACGGGACGGAAGCGGGCGACGAGGAAGCUCAGCUUGCUCAACGAAAAGGAGCAGCUCUCGCUGCUUGGGCUUGCGACUUCGCUAUCGUCUUUAACAACGAUCAAUCUGCAGGGAUGCAAGACCCUUACGAGUCGAGCACUUCAUCAUCUCCUCGUUCGUACACCCAAUUUAGGCCAAGCAUUGUUGGCCGACGUCCCAGCGGUGACGAAUGAGUCGUUGGUAUUGCUGGGCGUCACCGUACCAAAGCUUACCAAGCUGGACAUCUCGAGGUGUGCAAACGCUACCGCGAGCGGCUUGAUGAACUUCCUUCUAGCGGCGCAGCAACAAACCUACCUGGAGAGGGAGCAAGAGCACCAGCACGAGUACGGUGUACAGCAUCAGCAGCUGCGUCUGAGCGAGCUCCACUGUCCAGGAUUGCUAGGGGUCGACGAAACCCUGUUGGCGACAAUGGGGCAGGCACUCCCGGAGCUUCGUUCUCUGGACCUUAGCUACUGCCUUGGCCUGCGAGACAGUGCCAUCGAAGCAUUUGUCGCUCACUCUGGACCCGUCAAGAUCUCUUCUCUCAAAGGAAAGUCUGUUAUCAACGGACAGCGACACCAUCACCGCGAAACGCUGCUCGAAGGUUCGUACGUCAGCCUCACGCCCCGUCAAGCCGGUGGCAACAUCGCGUCGGACGACAUUCACUACCGGCGACUCUUUCCACAGCUUGGCCAUCUGAAUCUCUCUUCUUGCCGACACCUUACGGACCGAGCUUGCACGCUCCUGGCCCAUGCCGUGCCCCAGCUCGAGAUCCUGGAAAUGGCCAACAUCGGUGCAGGGAUCAAAGAUGCAGGCCUCGUCCGUCUCUUCGAGACAACGCCAAAGAUCCGAAUGGUGGAUCUCGAGGGUGCGACGGACAUCACGGCACUGACGAUGGAGGCCAUCACACCGGAGGCAGCCUAUGUCGAGUCACUGGGACUCGAUCCAGAGGGAAUGGGCGAUGGAUCGAACGCAACGGGCGGGACAGGAGCUGGAGGGGUUGCCGUUGGUGGUCUUGGCCUGAGGAGCGCGGCGAGGAGAAGCCUGCGGCGUGCUUUGGCAAUUGAGCACCAGCCCGACACAUCUGCUUCGGCGACAGUAGGACGCCGAAGCUACCGUCAAAGCAUCCCCCCACCAGGCUCGCAGUUGACGCACCUCGUCAUUUCGCACGCCAACCUUGUCGAUGCGGCUAGCUUGCUUCAGCUGAUUCGACGUUGCCCCAAGCUGAUCCAUCUCGAGGCCGACGACACACGAGCCAACGAGGCCGUCGCACGAGAAUUUGUCAUGCUGGCGCGCGAGAGGCAUAAGCGCGGCAGCUAUAUCAGCCUGGUUGACUGCAGGGGUCUGACGCUGGCCGUGAAUCGGGAGCUGAACUCAUGCGCGGCAAUUCGACCCCGGCAGGGCAUGAGGGGCCAUAGAUGGGCCAAAGAUCUGGCCAUCACGUACGAGGAUCCUGAUGUGGACCCUUUUGCAGCAAAUUCAACCACAGAUGAUGCUGGCACAUCGCAGCAGGAGGGCACGUCAGGCAGUGCUCCCUCCCCAUCGACUUCCCGACAUCGAGGCGGCAACCAGGAACUGGCGCUGCAGUCGCUGUCGACUUACGGCGAAUGUGAGCCGGACAUGGUCGUCUUCAAGAGCUUCUGGGGCUGGGAAGCCGUCGAUGUACGCUUGAAAGCAAGAAAGAAACUCGAGGCGAAGAGGAGCCUCUCUAGCUCGCAAUCAAGGAGCGCUUCCAUCUCUGCCGUCCUGGGGCUGGGGCUGGGCAUAGGCAUCGUUACUGGCACUCGCGAAGCAGGACAUUAUGACGAGGAGAACGGUGGAGAUGGCCAACAGCAGCAGCAGCAGCAGCAGGGGCAACCACAGAGGUGGGGGAGGCUUUCGACUAACCUCUUGACACCUGGCGACGAGGCAGACGAUGCCCGUGGCUGCCUCAUCAUGUAAGUCUCACAAUUAGGCCCUCUUGUGUAUUGUACAUCUACCCUCUCCGCCAAUAGCGCUCCCACAUCUAUCUUCUGUAUCUUCACAUGUAUUUUCGCCAUCCUUUGAGGAUCACACACCUCUCUUUCCACUG